CGCCGCCGCCGCCGGCCCGGUGACCUACACUCUCCUCCGCCGCCGCCGCCGCCGGCCCCCGCCGUCUACCAGCCAUGUUCGGCUCUUCCAACCGAUCUCUGUUUGGACAAAAGUCUAGUUUCGGUGGUUUUGGUUCAUCUCCUAACCAGUCUACUACAUUUGGCAACAACAAUUUUGGCACCACAACUACUCCGACCUUCGGUGCCUCUACAUCAACAUCCUUAUUUGGUGCUCCCGGCACCUCAACGUUUGGUUCGACCACUACUCCUGGAUUUGGAUCUUCUCCGUCUUUUGGACAAUCAGGAGCUGCAACUAGUAGCACGCUGUUCGGAACAACUCCGUCUUCUCCAUUUGGCUUGCCGACAGCACCACCAACGUUUGGGCAAACUACAUUUGGGAAUCAAUCUGGAGGAACCAGAAUACAGCCUCAUGUACAAACACCAGAUCCUGACGGUGCUACGAGUGGUUCUCAGGCUUCAAAACUUGAUUCCAUAUCAGCUAUGCCUGCAUACAAAGAGAAGAGUCAUGAAGAAUUGAGGUGGGAAGAUUACCAGCGUGGGGACAAAGGUGGACCAAACACAACUCCAGUGGUGAAUAACUUCUCGCCAUCUCCACAGCCAAGUUUUCCAAUCAGUCAACCGGCGCCAGUGAAUCCAUUUUCUAGUAUCUCAAAUUCUACUGGUGCUUUUGGUACUACGCCGAGCCUGUUUCCGUCCCCCGGAACGACCUUGUUUGGACAAUCAACUGGUUCUCCCUUCCAAGCAAACACUUCACAAUCUCUGUUUGCAAAUACCACUCCUUCAAUAUUCGGCUCGUCAUCGGCAAUCACGACUCCUUUCAGUUUUGGCCCAUCCUUUAACAAUAACUCUCAAUCAGCUGGGCUGUUUCCGUCUUUGUCUUCCCCUGCAAUUGGGCAACAGCCAUCGAGCCACUCAUUUAACCAGCAGACGACAAGCAGUUCAGCUUUCUCCACCAGUAUUUUCAACAACACGACUAAUGUUGGAACAGCCGGAGGACAGUUUGUCCCCACAUCUUCACCUUUUCCAAUGUUUCCACAACCUGCCCCUGUUCAACCUUCAAGUUCGUUCUCAUUCCAACCUCAGGGCCAACCAGGUGGAUUCUCUGGAGUUUCCAAACCGAUGAAUAUGGCCCCAUUUGGACAGCAAACCAGUAGUCAGUCCAGUAUGGUAAUGCAGCCGACUCUUGUUUCAAAUCCCUUCGGGACACUUCCAGCGAUGCCUCAGAUGUCCAUUGGGAAUGGUGGAUCCUCACCUUCCAUCCAAUAUGGAAUAUCAAGUUUACCGGUUGCUGAGAAGCCCCAUCCGAGUAGAACAUUAUCAAUGGUGGUGCCUAGGCAUUUGUCACAGAGGAGGAUAAAACUGUUGCCACGGAAAUAUAAUGCGACAUCUGAUGGCAAGGUUCCGUUCUUUGCUGAUGAUGAAGAAUCUUCCGUAACGCCAAAAGCAGAUGCCUUUUUCAUCCCUAGAGAAAACCCAAGAAGUCUGAUAAUCCGUCAAACAGAUCAGUGGCCUUCACGUAGUGCAGUUGACCGACAACCAAUUCCAAGAGAUUCAGCUCAUCUUGACGAAGACAAAGAUGCUUUUGUUGGGAGGGAGCGCAAUAAGGCUGCCAUGUCACCGGCUCGGUCUGGUCAAGCAGGAAAUAGUCAUGAUGCAUCAAGUGAGCCUGAGGCUUUUGUUCGGCAUGUGAAUGGUGCUAGCAUUGAGAAGAUGAUGCCUAAGCUCUCCCAGGCAGAUUACUUCACGGAGCCUAGCCUAGAGGAGCUUGCGGCGAAAGAACGUUCUGAACCAGGCUACUGCCGUCAGGUUAGAGACUUUGUUGUCGGACGUCAAGGCUAUGGCAGCAUCAAAUUCUUGGGAGAAACAGAUGUGAGGGGCCUUGAUCUGGAGUCGGUGGUGGAAUUCAAUAACCGUGAAGUGGUCGUGUACAAGGAGGACAGCGAGAAGCCCCCAGUUGGCGAGGGCCUGAACAAAGCUGCAUUGGUGACUCUUUUGAACAUCAAGUGCAUGAAUAGGAAGACAGGUGAGCCCUGCACCGAGGGUCCGAGGCUGGACAAGUUCAAGGAGACGCUGGUGAAGACGGCCAAGGAGCAGGGAGCUGAGUUCGUGUCAUUUGACGGCGCCAAGGGCGAGUGGAAGUUCAGGGUGAAGCACUUCAGCUCCUAUGGAUUUGGCGAAAGCUGAAACGUGUAGCUUGGUCGUUGUGACUGGUUGUUAGAAUGCUUUUAUCUCAUGGGAAUGAUGUUUCUGUGACUUCCUUUCUGGUUCUAUCUGUAUAGAAAGACAAGUUCUACGGUCCUUCCUGUAUAAAUCGGGUCGAUUCAUCAUGUCU